AUGAGAAAUUCAUACGAAAGGACAGUAUGGUCAUUUUCAAGGAUACAGGGAAUUGUAGAGAAUGAAUACAGGCAUUUUAACGACAGAAAGUGGCUUGAAAGUUAUAGAGUUCCCAAGACAAUCUUUUCUCAACUUUGUACCUUUUUCAACAGUUUAUGUGGUAAAACCACGCAAAUGCGAAAACCUGUACCUGUACAAGUCAUCACUGCAAUGGUUUUAAAAAGACUAGGUAAAGGUUUAGACUAUCGAGAGAUUGGCGAUAAGUUCGGAGUUGGUGCAUCAACUGCCAAUGAAAAAGUAAACGAUGCUAUGCUAUUUCUUAUAAAAAAAUAA